AUGCUUGCUCUACAGCGGGCUGGCCAGCGAAUCCUUCAAACUCUGGAGGACAAACGUGGGGCGGCUGCAAAGUGGAGCCCCAAGAGUUGCAAGACUCCGCUCGAGCAGGGGGAGGAUAUGCUGCUGGAGCAGGUAACAUUAGACAAACGAGAGCGCAUUGUGAGACUGGUGAAGUCAAAGUCGAAUCCAUCUGAUCCCUUCAGGGGACAUAUUGCCCAGAACAUCAAGCUGCGGUUAGAGCAGGCCAACAAUGACUCGACUGAGGGCCUCGCCAUCAACCAACGGUGUUUGAACAUUCGCAAGCAGCUGGCAGGCAUGGUGAAUGCUCGGAAGGAAUUGGCAUCACUGCGGGCAAAGGUCCAUAUCUUGAUGGAGGAGCCUCUUCUCCCCAAGUUGAUUCUGGACUCCUACGGUAUUUUUGGUGAGUUCACUGAUUUAAGAGAUUCGUAG